AUGCAAGAAGACAUCACUGUUUGCUCCGAUGAUCGUGAUGAUGACGAAUUGUUUUGCAAUGACAUUUACCAAUUAACACCAUCAGCUUUUAUUUCAAAAUAUUCUGCCACUUCAUCAUUCUCAUCUAUUCCGACAGAUGUCUUGUGUUACAUCAUCUUGCAAUAUUUAGAUUGGAAAACGGUUUUCAAGAGCUGCCUAUUGGUGAGCAAGGACUUUUACCGAAAAAUUGCAAAUAACAGACAAUUGUUUAUUAACUUGUAUAACGAACUAUUUGUGAUGAAACAAGAAGAAAUUGAUCGUCUAACCAUUGAUUAUUUACAACAACCAUCAUCUUUUAAACAUAAAAAGAUAUUUACAAGCCAAUACUAUCAAUACUAUGGUAGUUCUAAAAUGUAUGGCGGACUAUUAUAUCCCAAUGAGCAUUAUCACUUUUGUGAUGACUAUGACUAUUUAGAAUUGAAUGAACAAGUAUUUCAAUCCAUGAAAAGCAUAUUACAAAAGCUCUAUGUGAAGAACUGCACCAUGACAGAACAUAAAUUAAUGUUGAUUAGAAAAGCAUGGGAAAACUCAGUUUCAAUAUUAAGAAAGACAAAUGGUAUUACUCCCUCAAGAACAUUGAAAAAGAAUGAAAAUCAAGCACUGCUUGCUCUGAUUAAGAAAAUUAUCAAAGAUAGGCUAUUUAUGAGAAAGUACUUUAAUCAUGAUUUGAAAUCAAAAUAUUUUGGAAAAAGGACCUAUCACUAUUUUUAUAAUGGACAAUCAACGAAAAGACAGGAGGCAAUGGAAAUGGCUAAAAACAUGCCCGAUGUUACACAACAACUUGAGGACUUAUUUUACUAUGCGGACGCUGAACAAUACGAUGGGUAUCAGUGGUACGAACUUGAAGAGAUUGUUCUUGGUUAUGAAUCCACAUUUAAUGGAGUAGCUUCCAAAUUUCUGAAUUUCAUGGAAUCCAAUCAAGAAGUGUUUCCCCUUACUAACAUUGUUUCUCUGUUUUGUCACAACUUGGUCGAUUAUGAAAGCAUGAUAUCCUGCUUGUACAACCCUGACCCACUAGCGUUCUUCAGCUUGUGUCCGAAUUUAAAGGCGUAUGCAUCACGAGGCAAAUAUUGUUCAUUCUCGGUUAUUAGAAGUAAUUAUCUAUCCAUUUUGAUUUUAGUGUCUGGUGGGAUGGAGUCCAAAACAUUGAGCUCUGUAUUGAAAUGCCAUUUUCCACAACUCAAGCAUCUGGAAUUGUGGUUUGGAGAUACCAGGUAUGGAAACGAGAUUGUGUGUCAACAUUUAGAACACCUCUUAAGUGAGCAAGAAAAUGGUAAAUUUCCCAUUCUAGAAUAUUUUGGAAUUAGAAAUUGUGAAAACAUUCAUCUAUUUGUCCCAUUAAUUGGAAAUUGUGCAUUACUUUCUCGAAUUAGAAUAUUAGAUUUGUCUCUAAGCGCUAUUGCGUUGGAAGACAUUCAGAAAUUGUUGGCAAUAUUAAAAAAGAGAACAAGAGGCAGCUUUCCAUUGUUAGAAGCAAUCGAUUUUCAUCGGUGUGCUAGAGUUCCACCUGAAGUGGUAGAAGAGUUUAUUGAGCUUGAGGUUAUGGUUGACGUUGCACACUCGGCUAGAUAUAUUGCAGUUGGAGAGUAG